AUGGGAAUCGAAUAUGAUAAUGGCAUCUACUGCACAUCUAGUAGACGUGUUGGCUACAUUAUUCGGGAAAGACAUACGGGCAAGAUGAUAUAUGGCAUGAAUUCAGAUGUAAGAUUUACACUUCAAAAAUGGCGGAAGUCUAUGUUCGUUCUGAAUGAAAAGCAUACUAUCAACAAAUUGUCAAACUAUGCAGAUUAUACUUUUUAUGAGCUUUAUCGAAACUUUUCUAGUAGAAAAAUUGUAGUAAGAUUAGUAAAGAAACGUCUAAUUUCAUGCCACCGUAACAUAAACCUGCUGGUGCUUCAUCAUACCCAACCUACACAAUCGGCUGUAGUGACAAUUCCAUCAGUGAAUGCUAGAAGAGUUUGUCACGGAUCAUUUAUAUUUUGUUCACCUUUAUCAAAUGAUAUUUGGUACCAUAACAAUCAAUAUGAUUUCAUCUGGAAUGAUAAAUUAAUAAGUGCUUAUUCAAUAGCAACACCUUUUUUCGAACGAAUAACAAUAACGUAUGUGAGAUAUCGUAUGGAAAAGAACGUGAUCAACUUUGAUCUUCAUAUCUUGACCACCACAACAAUAAACAAUAUUGAAAGAAGAACGUUAAAGUCAUGGUUCAACCUGACCAAUGCCAACAGCAACUCGUUAUCGGUUCAAGUAACGGAUGAUUGGUUUCCGGCACCUUUGCCUCUAGUGUCGAAUACCAGUGCGAUGAACUUUGAAAAUGGAAAUAAAACUUGGAAUACUAUAGCAUUUUUGAAGAGUCGUGACGGCAAUAUUAAUGAAUAUGAUCCCACAUUUUCCGGUUCAAAUAUCUUGCUCAAUCCUAAUAACUAUGUCAAAUUCCAACUUGUUCGUAAAGUAUUAAAAACAAAAACCGAAAACGAAAGUGAUAGUGUUAGAGAUAGGUACUACGUUUGUGAAUCAACACCAAUGUCAUCAUCAGUGGCUAAUCUAGAGACGCUGAGCCAGAAAUGGGUCUUGGCUAUCAUUAUUUCGUCUAUUCUGGUGGUUGUUAUCGCUGUCUCCAUCAUGAUUUGGCUCUACAGUAAGAUGCAAAGACAAAAAAGACUUACAAGACAACAAUCCCUGUUGUAUCAACGUAAACAGCAUGAAGAUCCUCAACGACAACUUCAUCAACAACAAGAACAAGAACAAACAAUGCAACAGCUACAGCCAGGGCGGCAGCAACAAGAAGUUUCUCAACUGACGCGAUCGCAAACAGAUUACCUUAAUUCAAAGCCAGUAUCGUAUGAAGGUGACGUUUUUCGUAGAAACCUAGCCCCCAUCAAAAAUAACUCCUUCUUGAGUACACCUGAGGCGAAGUUAAUUGCUGAUAAAUUUCGUCAAGUCAUGUCAUCACCUUCUGAAGAAGACAGCAAUUUAAUGACAUCUACCUCUUCUUCCUCGAUGACUGAAAACAAUAGCACUGAUAAAAAUAGCUCUAGUGAAGAAGAUGAAGCAGUAGCCGUUAAUCGACGACAAUCGAUGGCGUCAAAGUCCAACUCAAAGUCUAAAGCAUCAGCGACAAUGACAAAAGAUGAAGUUGGUAAAGAUACCCUAAAACAUCGAUUAAAUUUUGAUAAAGACUCUAUUAAUAUCCCGCAUUUUUCAUCUGAAAUUUAUAGAGAAGACUAA